CGGAGAAAGUGUCCCACAUGCUUUGCUUUGCCAUUCGCAACUGGAUUCUGGAUAGUUCUACACCCUUCUCGUAAUCCUAUGCUCCUUCCAGACAAAUCCUUCUCUCUCUCUCUCUCUCUCUCUCCCUCUAUCUUCCUUUCUCUUCUCCCUCAAAUUCGACGUCACCCUUCAGUCUGAGCCGCAACAACGAAGACAACAUUAACACCAGCAGAUCCAUUACCAAAGAUCGAGUUUUUUCUUUUUCUAUUUUAUAGACUAUCAAGUCAGCUCAAAGUUCCAGUGUUUAGCUGAAUAGGAAGAACAAGGAUAUGGGUGUGGAUUAUUACAAGGUAUUGCAGGUAGACAAGAGCGCCAAGGAUGAUGAUUUGAAGAAAGCUUACAGGAAGCUUGCCAUGAAAUGGCACCCUGAUAAGAACCCAAACAAUAAGAAAGAAGCAGAGUCCAAAUUCAAACAGAUCUCUGAGGCGUAUGAGGUUCUAAGUGAUCCACAAAAGAGAGCAAUCUAUGAUCAGUAUGGCGAAGAAGGGCUUAAAGGUCAAGUGCCACCACCUGAUGCUGGGGGGCCUGCUGGCGCUUCUUUCUUCCAAACUGGGGAUGGCCCAACAACAUUCAGAUUCAACCCUAGAAAUGCGAAUGACAUUUUUGCCGAAUUUUUUGGCUUUUCAAGCCCUUUUGGAGGGAUGGGAGGCAGUGGCAUGAGGAGUAGUUCAAGGUCCUUCGGCGGGAUGUAUGGGGAUGACAUCUUUAGCUCAUUUGGGGAGGGCAGACCGAUGAGUCAGGGUCCGCGAAAGGCUGCUCCUAUUGAAAAUACGCUGCUCUGUAGCCUCGAGGAGCUAUAUAAGGGGACUACCAAAAAGAUGAAGAUCUCAAGGGAAAUUGCGGAUGCGAGUGGGAAGACCUUGCCGGUGGAGGAAAUUCUAACCAUCGAAAUUAAGCCUGGAUGGAAGAAGGGAACAAAAAUCACCUUCCCAGAGAAAGGGAACGAGCAUCCACAUGUCAUUCCUGCAGAUCUUGUAUUCAUAGUUGAUGAGAAACCGCACAGCACAUUUACUAGGGAUGGUAAUGACCUGGUCAUCACACUGAAGAUUACGCUUGCAGAAGCUUUAACAGGUUACACAGUCCAUCUCACAACACUUGAUGGAAGGAGCUUGACCAUUCCCAUCAACAAUGUAAUUCAUCCAAACUAUGAAGAGGUUGUGCCAAAAGAAGGUAUGCCAAUACCAAAAGAUCCCUCAAAGAGAGGUAACCUAAGAAUCAAGUUCAACAUCAAAUUCCCAACAAGGUUGACUGCUGAGCAGAAGUCUGGAAUCAAGAAACUUUUGGCACCUUAAAUGAGAUUCUGAAUUAAGACCCUUGAGUGCUGUGAUUUCAUUUGUAUUACCAGUUUAUGUUGGGAUGUUAUAUACAUUUGUUGCCCGACAUAACUUCUGGCAAAUUUAGACCGGCCAAAGAAAGCACCAAAUAAAAUCUAGUUUUAUCGGCUGCCCUAUGCGGUGAUUGUAGCGUCAUUGUUGCUAAAACACAAUCGAUGACUGCAAGUAAAAGUACUUUUAUGGAACUGUUGAUAUUAACA